AUGAUUGCGUUACAAAACCAUCCUAUCCUACCACCUCCUGCCAAAGUGGAUAUCUCACUGCUGUUGAAGCCCCAAGAUGAAGAAGAAGCGGCCCCCAUGAACACCACAUCGACGCUCCCGCCAGUUCCUGCUAUGCACCACUUGCCCCCAGUGGCCCCGAUUGCACCACCACCGGUUGGGCUUGCAACUCAACCAUCGGUGCCUUCGGUGUCCUCGGUGCCCCCGCUGACUGCCAAGGCUCCAGCUGGAACGAAGCGCUUGCAACCAGCUCACACGGCGGAAUCGCCGGCGAAGAAGCAGUCGAAGUGGUCUCCCGAGGAGGACUCUCUGAUCAUUGAGCUACGAGGCAGCGGUAUGAAGUGGGAGGACAUUAGCAAACGGCUACCCGGACGAAGUGCAAUUAGCUGCCGCCUUCAUUAUCAAAAUUAUCUGGAACGCCGAAGCGAAUGGGAUGAAGAUAAGAAAAACAAACUCGCACGGCUUUACGAAAGGUUCAAGGCCGAGAUGUGGUCGAAAGUAGCGGAGGAAAUGGCAAUUCCAUGGCGAGCUGCAGAGGCCAUGCAUUGGCAGUUGGGGGAACAAGAGAUGGCGCGUCGAGCUGGCGUGGUCCCAUUCUCACUAUCUAGUUCUGCGAUCGACCCACCUACGACUAGGACACGCAGAGCGAGUACAUCAUUAUCCCGACCAAGAAAGGGCUCAGCAUCACGGUCGAAUUAUCCUCCUCCUCAGCUUCCCUCCGUUCAAGAGCUCACCGCUGGCGUCCCUGCUGCUGGCGUCCCUGCAUUCGCACCACCGCCUUUCCCACCUCCAAUGCCCCCGCGAGACGCCUACCGGAUAGCAGGACCACCACUGGAUUUGGCAAGAGGUCAUCCCGGUCACCUAGGUCCCAAUAUCGGACUCCCCCCUCGAACGCUUCCCUAA